GGCAUACAAUGGCAUAUUCAACUUGAACAUUUGACGCGGUUGAUUGCCCACUGCGGCACCUGCACGCCUUUCAUCUACUUCGGAAAGUCUCGACUGGGUCAUGGCGGAGGAGAACCGGCACCACCGCCACCGCUCCCUCCGCUGCCAUCAGCCCGACUUCCUCCUCUCCCAGUACAAUUCCCCCCUAACUCUGGAUCAAUAUCCCGUCCAAUAUCAUCGUCGCCUGCGUAAUAUUAGUCACCCCGUCAUCAAGGAAAUGGAUUUCUUCUCCUCCUCCUCCAAAGCGCACACGGGUGAUGAUGAUGAUCAGAAGCUCUCGCUUCCAGCGCCGGCCAAAGGGAACCCCUCCGAUGAUAUUGAUAUGGAGACCAAGAAGGUCAUAAUUAACGGAUCAUCAUCCACUUCUACUCCCGCAGACUCUCCACCGGACGUGAACGACAUUGAAUUGAAUCUCUUCACUCGGAGUUCGGAAAUAAAGGAAAGAUCGUUGAAUGAUGAUCAUGAUCAGGAGGCGUCCCAAGCCCAACUAAUCAGAAUUAAAGCCGAAAUGAAGAAACUGGAGGAUGAGAAUAGGAGGCUGAGAAUCAUGGUGGAGCACAUCACCAAAAACUACAAUGACUUGCACGCUCACCUGCUUAUGGCUACUCGCAGCCAAAAUAUCAUUACUCAUUCUUCCCCACACCAGGGGAAGUCUGAGGUAAUAGUGAGUGGGAAGUCAAGCCCCAAAAUGUUCAAUAUUUCUGGUGAUGAUGACAAGACCCAAGAAUUUUCUGCAGUUUCUGCGACUGAUUAUAAGUAUACCCCAGAGGAGACCAAGUCGUCUAUGGAGACUACCCAUCAUCCUCAUCAUCAUCAUCACAAUCACAAUCCAGGAAAUAAACAAAUUAAUACGGCUUCAGUGGAAGAAGCUUGUCCUCAUCGUGAUCAGCCAGAAAAGGGUACUCGCGGAGAAGAUGAAGCAGCUGUUUCCGAGACCCCUUUCAGGAAGGCCAGGGUUUCCGUACGCGCAAGAUCAGAAGCUCCCCUGAUUGGAGAUGGAUGUCAAUGGAGGAAAUACGGUCAAAAAAUGGCAAAGGGUAACCCUUGUCCCCGCGCCUACUACCGUUGCACCAUGUCCGCUGGAUGCCCUGUUCGUAAGCAGGUGCAAAGAUGUAUGCAGGACAAGACGAUUCUCAUAACAACGUACGAGGGAAAUCACAACCACCCUCUUCCCCCGGCGGCCGCCACCAUGGCCAACACCACCUCGGCGGCUGCCGCCAUGCUUCUCUCAGGUUCCACCACAAGCAAGGAUCCCUCUGGAUUCUUCCCACCACUAAUGCCAUAUAUUAGUACAUCCACUACCAUGGCCACCUUGUCCGCCUCUGCACCAUUUCCCACCAUCACUCUCGACUUGACUUCGCAGAAUAGUCCCUCUCCCAAUCCCUUGCAUUGUUUUCAUCAGCACCGGCCCCCGCCGCCUUCCCCUGCCGCCACCAGAUCGUCCUUUCCCUUUACCUUGAAUGGUAACUACCCGCCACAACUCGUAGGGCACCCCUUGGUCAUGAGCCUCCCUUCUAAUAAGCUUCCUAAUAUUAAUCCCAUCCCACCAUUGCAGCUAGGGCUGCAGCCACAGCAUCCUUCGACAUUGGUUGAGACGGUCAGUGCAGCCAUUGCUUCUGACCCUAACUUUACUGCAGCCGUGGCUGCUGCCAUCUCCACGAUCAUAGAGGGCAAUGAAUCAAAUAGUAACACUAAUUAUGAUGCCAAUGGUGGAGAUAUUAUUAAAAAGUUCCCGUUUAGGGCUUCUAUGUCGCCGAGUUCCCCACAGCCUCCUCAAUCCUGCACCACCUUCUCCACCAACUAGCUACAUUCCCAUACCAAAUUUAUGCAGGUAAAGUAUGAGUUUUGGAUAAUGAAUUUGGAUUUAUAUGAAUUUGGAUGAAAAUUAAUGCAAAUUUUGCAUUAAUUAGAAUUUUUUAAAUUCAUAAAAAUCCAACUUUAUGAUCCCAUCGAUCCAACUCUUAGCUUAUUUGUAUAUUUGAUGAUGGAUAUCAUGAAUGCUGGCUAGCUAGCCAGCGAGGCUUGGGGGCGGAGGGCAGCUUUGGGUGUAGGGCAUUUCCAAGGCCACAACAGAAGAGGAAAAGUGAAGGGAAGAAAUAAGAAUUUAUUCAUCGUCAUUAUUUCCUCUAUUCAUAUUUAGAUGAUAUUUUUUUUAUUGUUUAUAAUUCAUGUUUGUAAUAUAUAUAUACAUAUAAAAUCUUAAGAGUGGGGUGUAAGAUACUUCUCGUGUUUUGGAGAAAGAGAAACCUUACUUGUACAUAAAUAAAUAAAUAAAAGUAAUUAAUACAUAUAGUCAA